AUGGCACCAGAAAUCAAGAACGUCGCCAUUGCCGGCGCUGCCGGUAACGUGGGCCCCCACGUCCUCAAAGCUCUCAUGGACACCAACAAAUUCAGCAUCACCAUCCUCACGCGCAAAGCCGGCUCUCACGAGUUCCCCUCCAGCUGCACCGUCAAGGAGGUAGACUACGAGUCCCUCGACUCCCUCACCGCCGCCCUCAAGGGCCAGGACGCAUUCGUCAACUGCACGAGCAACUUCGACCCCAAGGCCGCGACCCGCGUGGUAGACGCCGCUGUCGCCGCCGGCGUGUACCGCUACAUCCCGCCCGACUUCGGCAUCGACCCCAACAAGGCCCACGUCCCGGAGCUGCCCGUGUUCGGCAUCAAGGCGCUGACGCGCAAGUACAUGGAGGCCAAGGCGCAGGAGGUGGGCGACAAGUUCACGUGGACCAUCAUCGCCAAUGGGCCCUUCCUCGACUGGGGCAUCCGGUCGACCUUCAUGGGCUUCGACGUCAAGAAGAAGAAGAUCACGUACUUCAACGACGGCGACAACGUGGUUCCCUACACGAACCUCCCCGACGUCGGCAAAGCUGUCCUCGGGUCGCUGACGAACCCCGACGACUCGGCCAACCGUAUCAUCUAUGUGCACACGAUCAACAAGUCUCAGAAGCAGCUUGCGCAGCUCGCGAAGGAGGCGAUUGGCGGGGAGUGGGAGGAGAUUAAGACGGAUAUGGACGCCGUCUAUGCGCAGUGCAUGGAGCAGAUCAAGAAGGGCGUCAUGACCCCUGACGUCUUGAUCCCGCAGAUUCCGUAUGCUUGCACAAAGAAGCAUUAUGCCGCUCCAUGGGAGAAGAGCGACAACGCAAUGCUGGGUGUGAAGGAGUGGAGUGACGAGGAGGUGAAGACGCUGUUCAAGCAAAUUGACAAGGAGUAG